AUGACCCGCGGCUCUGUUCCCCGAAGUCAAGCGGCAUGGGCAACCCUUGAUCAAGAUCAGCUAUUGGAACCGCGGUCACUCGGCACAACGCACGACGACGAGGUCGUAGCAACCCAGGACUCUCCGCAGGAGGAUCAUAGAUACAAAUUCCACCCUUCGAUCCCCCGUACCAAUAGAAAGAUAGAGCGUGAGGCUAGUCAAGUCUUAUACAACGGGACUGUUGAUCCGCACCAAUUCCUGUGGACCAAUUCUAUCAGCCAAUGUGUUCGAGAAUCUAGGGGAAGAUUGUCCUGCUGUGGGAAUACGAGGACUACCACUAUAGGUGUUAUCGAUGAUGCAUACGCCGCUGAAUCUGAGUCACCCUACUUCGAAAAUGGCUUCGUUGUUGCCGGCGAUGAUCUGCCGAGAUUCUGCUGGGCAUUGUUGACGCAGUAUCUGUCUCGUGACACAUGGUCUCCGAUCCCACCACUAUCAGAACUAGAUAUCGCAAUGGAGAUCAGUCAUGGCAUGGACGCAAGCACUACUGAAGGAGGGGUAUGCACCGAAAACCAAGGCGAUAUCGAGAACAAAGAAGAGACUACUACCAAAGACGAAGCAGACACAAAGGGAGAGUCACCGAAAGCGAACAUCAACCAAAAUGAAGCCACCGAAGACGACGCACCAGCGGACGACAACGAUGCCAGCGACGGACAAAAUACUGAUACCAAAGCCUAUGAGUCCUCGCCCGAGUCGGUUACUGGAGCCCCUUCGCACUCUGCACAGCCUGGGGGCUAUACACAUUGUGUGGAAGCCAGCUAUUGCGAGAAUAAGCUGGUGAAGACCGGGUUCAGGCAAUACCGACUGUACAGAGCAUGGUCGAAUGGUUCAAAAACCAUCUAG